AUGCUGGCGGCGUUCCUCGCGGCGCUCGUCUUCUUUCAUUCCUCCGAGUUCCUCCUCGCGCUCUGCUCCACCGGCAAACCCGAUGUCCGAUCCUUCCUCCUCUCGCGGGAGUAUCUGCUCGCCAUGGGGGCAGCGCUCACUGAAUACGCCCUCGAGACUGCCCUCUUCCCAGCCUUCAAGCACCGCCUGUGGCCCGUGUCGUGGGUGGGGGGGGCGCUGCUGCUGGCGGGGGAAGCGGUGCGCAAGGCAGCCAUGGUGACGGCGGGGCGGAGCUUCACUCACGAUAUUCAGACGGAGAAGAGGCGCGAACAUCGUCUGGUCACACACGGGCUUUACAGGUGGGUGCGCCAUCCGGGCUACACGGGGUGGUUCAUGUGGAGCAUAGCCACGCAGCUGCUGCUAGUCAACCCCCUCUGCACGCUCGCCUUCGCCCUCGUCUCCUGGCGCUUCUUUGCCGCGCGCAUCCCCUACGAGGAGUUCUAUCUGCACCAGUUCUUUGGCCUGGAAUACGCGCGAUACGCGGCCUCCGUGCCGUCAGGCAUUCCCUUUGUCUCUUGA